AUGACGCUCCCACUUGUCAAAGUGCCCUUUCUUCUAGCAUCACUAUAUUACUUCAAUAGGAUACUAAUCUCGCCUGAGACCCCCCAGAAAGAAGAGCGAGUCAAGACAACAUGGCACGAUAGCUAUGCACCGAAGGUCUUCCCCUGGACCGUGCGGAACGGCAAAUACCCCAAUCUCCAUCUCACCAGCCAGUUUCUCUUAGGCGCCGUCAUUGCCACGUUAUUCGGUCACCUCCGAGUUGAAUGUUUCAGAACCCUCGGUCGGCACUUCACAUUCGAAAUGUCCCUCAGGCGGAAACAUGAACUGAUUACUCACGGACCUUACUCCGUCGUGCGCCAUCCUUCAUACACAACCGGAAUCAUUGCAUUUUUUGGCAUGUCGCUGGUGAUCGCCAACUCAGGAUCGUGGCUGCUCUCUAGUGGUUGGCUCAAUGUGUGGCAAGGAAAGACAAUGGCUGGCGUGUGGGUCUUCUUCGUCGCGUAUGCUGUUUUCACGACAGUGGUGAGGGCGCAGAAAGAGGAUGAUAUGUUGAGUGAACAUUUUGGAAAUAAUUGGGAGGCAUACGCGAAGAAGGUUAGCUGUAGGAUGAUCCCUUACAUUUGGUGAAUCCGUAAGAAGUACGAUCCAGAGAAGGCAGUUUCGUAUGUCUAUACCGUCGCCCGAU